AUGAUACAUGGAAAAGACAAUGUUGCACGGGGAGCUGUGUUGAAGACUGGAAAAGGUACAUUAGAACGUGCUGUUCAACAGUUAUUUCCCCUCGAACUUUCCUGUGAUCGUGAACCGUGUCAUCACCUUAACCCAAACGCCCCAGAAUACCGCCCGAGAACCACGAAAGCAGCUGCUACUGAAGCAAGGGAGAGAAUUCGACAAAUUGCGAGUGAGGAAGAUUAG